AGAAUGAAAUGCACAGUUUUCAUUUAGAUCAAGAGCAUUUAGAGCAUCGGCAGUGUACAAUUUGUAAAGAGACUUGGCCGACAAAGCAAAACUUGGCAGCAGAUCCCUUCGUUUGUUACCGGUGUCAAAGAGACAAGAAAUCACCAAAGAAUUUCAGUACUGGCAAUGACAUGGACCCAGGUACUGUUCCAGAGCAAUUGAGAGGUUUGACACAGGUAGAGGAAAUGCUGAUUUCAAGGGUUUGCCCCAUCAUGCAAGUCUACAGAAAACAUGGUGGGCAAAGGGGCUACAAAGGUCAUGUGCUAAACUUACCACAGGAUAUUCAAAGUUUUUUGAAUAGGUUGCCUGCACAAGUGGCUGACUUGCCUGUUAUGAUUGUGCGAAGGCAGGGUGCUGAUGAAACACAUAAAGAUUUUACAGUUCGUCGACACAAGGUGUUUGAAGCUAUAUCGUGGUUGAAAACAAACAAUCCAUUUUUCAAAGAUAUUGAGAUUGACAGGGAUAUUAUCCAACGUCUACCUGAAAAUGGUGUCCCUGAAGAGCUAAGGUAUAUUAUUGAUGACAAUGAACUACCAGUUCAUGUUGAAAAUGAGGGCCCCCCACAAGAACCUGUAAUGAGUGCUAAUGCAACAGUUGAAGAAUUAGUUUUAGGAAAUGGCAGUACAUCAUUUAUUCCUAUGCGGCAAAGACAAAGAAAGGAUGGUGCAGCUAUUCAAGAUGCAGUGAAUGAGGUUGACCCUUUAGACUGGCCCUCAACUGAAGGUAAUGCUGUUAAUGAGUUUAAAACAGAUGGUUUGGCAAGCAUGGCAUUUCCCACACUAUUUCCCCAUGGGAAAGGUGACCCAACAAACAGAGUCAGGCAGCAUGAGGUAAGUUUGGCAGAGGCAUUCAAACACCUGAUGAAGUUUGCAGAGAGGCUGCCAAAUGUGGCCAGACUUGCAAAGACUAUUGCAAAGUAACGAGGGGGCAUCAAGAACAGAAAGAGCACAAGCAGUGAUAGACAAUCCACACC